AUGCUGUUUGGAUCAACUCUGUCAAGCAAGAACAAACUCUGUAACUUCAUCCUAGGGAAGAAAAGUCUGGACACUUCUAGUUCUCACCAAGCCAAGACAGUUGAAAAGGGGACAUGGAGAGGAAAGACCUUAGCCGUUUUGACACCCUCAGAAAGUCAGAUGGGAAAAGUCGAAAAAGAGGAGCUGAAAAGCUGUGUGAGUCUUUGUCCUCCUGGACCAAAUGUUCUGCUGCUCUUAAUGAAUCCUUCAAACUUCACAGAAAAGGACAGAAGGUCUCUAAAGGCCACCCUGAGUUUGUUUGGUGAAGAAGCCUUUAAACACUCAAUGGUCAUCAUAACUGAAGAAGGGAGUGAAACGACUUUUGCUUUUAACACACUAAUCAAAGAAUGUCAAGGUGGACAGUACAGCCUGUCUGAAAAUAAUCACCAGAAAUUCAUGGAGAAGAUUGAAGAUAUUGUGAAAAGAGACAGCAGUGCUUUCCUUAGCAUCAAAGAGGUUGGAGCGGCAUCAAAAUGUGACCAAUCGCUGCCAUCUUUAAACCUGGUUCUGUUUGGGAGGAAAGGAGCAGGGAAGACCUCAGCAGCCAAAGCCAUUCUAGGUCAGACACAUCUUCAUUCAGGCUACAGCUCAUCAGAGUGUGUUAAACGCCAGGGAGAGGUGUCUGGGCGUAGAGUUUCUGUGGUAGAACUGCCUGCCUUGUAUGGAAAAGCUCAGCAGGAAGUGAUGAAGGAUUCGUUCAGGUGUGUCUCUCUCUGUGAACCUGAGGGUGUCCACGCCUUCAUCCUGGUCAUACCUGUGGGUCCCCUCACUGAUGAAGACAAGGAAGAGUUACAGACCAUCCAAGACACCUUCAGCUCUCGGAUCGACAACAACACAAUUAUUCUGUUCACUGCAGAUUCUGAUCGUAAACAUCCAAAUGUGGCUAAGUUUUUUGACCAAAAUAGCGAAUACGCAGAGCUUAUUAAGAGAUGUGGAGGAAGAUAUGUUGUUGUCAAAAAUAAGGACAGUAAGCAGUUCUCUACUGUAAUCGAUUUUGUGGUAAAAAUGAAUCAAAGCUGCUACACAUCAGCAACCCUCUCAGAAGCCUACGUUGAUAAACUCCAACAGAGGGAGAACAACACAGAACUACAGAGCCUGCCUACCACUCUACCAUCAAAGGUUCGGUUCGAAGGUAAGAACAAGUGGACUAAUGAGUGCCUCAGGAUUGUUCUGAUUGGGAAGUCUGGGUCUGAGAGGAGCUCCUCGGGAAACACUAUCCUGGGUAGAAAUGUGUUUGAAGCUUUUAGUGCAACAUCAGUCACAAAGUGCUUUAAGAAAUGCCUGGGUGAGGUGGACGGCCGUCCUGUUGCUGUGGUGGACACUCCUGGUUUGUUUGAUAACAGUUUAUCAAACAAAGAAGUACAACAAGAGUUGCUUAAAUGUCUUAGCCUUCUGGCACCAGGCCCACAUGUCUUCCUGGUGGUGGUACCAAUCGGAACAAGAUUAUCAGCAGAGGAGAAAGAGACAUUAGACCUCAUUAAAGAAGGUUUUGGCCAAGGUUAUGAAAAGUAUUCGAUCAUGCUUUUUACCAGAGGCGAUAAGCUAAAGGGAAAUAAACAGUCCAUCCACGAUUUUAUACAGAAAAACUGCAGAGAUCACUCCUUCAAAAAGAUUAUCAACAGGUGCGGCGGAGGAUAUCAUAUGUUUGACAACAGUGACACCCAAAACCGCGGACAAGUGAUAGAGCUGAUCAGAAAGAUUGACACCAUGGUGUUUAAACAUGGAUGCUUCACCAACGAGGUGCUGCAAGAGGCUGAGAGAGCCAUACAGGAAAAGAUUAAACAAAUCCUCAAGGAGAAAGAUAAAGAAAUAGAGAGAGAAAAGAAGAAACUAGAAGAAACAUACCAGAAGGAAAUGAUGAAAAAAAAAAUUGAAGAAGAGAAAAACUCAGCUGAACUGGACCGUGCCAGACACAACUGA